ACUACCAGUACCAGUACCACCACCAGUAUCAGUACCACCACCACCACUCCCACUACUUCACUAAACUGUACUGUACUGUCACUACGUCCACCACCCCGCUAAUAGUCAUUCCUCAGUGUGGUAAUUGUAGUCUCUGUAUAGUCACCACUCACUAAUUGCUCCACUAAUUGCUCCACUAAUUGCUCCACUAAUUGCUCCACCACCAGUAUCACUAACACUAACACUAACACUAACACCACCAAACCAUGAGAAAGAUCUGGAACCUGAGGAGAGACAGAGAGAAACGCCGAAGUCUAUCGGCCAGCUCCACCUACGAGCCCAGCAUCAACGACUCAGAGUCCACUACGGUUCCCGAGUACUACAGUUAUAUUGGCGAAGAAGACUAUUCACUACCUCAUGAAUCUUCUACCACUACAAACACUACAAACACUCCGGACACGUCAUACUACUCAUCUCACAAACACUCCGAACUGAUUGUUUCCACCAAUUCGUCUCUGACAUCCACCACGAAUCGAACCUCAGGAGCCAUAGUGGCCACGAAAUCCAUUCAAUCGCUAAUUAAACCAGACUAUGAUACGAAAGUCAUUAAGAAUGGGUGGCUAAAUGUCAUUCUAAACACCCAAUCGAACGAUGUACAGGAACUGGCUCUUAAACUAUUCCGAGUCGAAUUGAAAGGGUCCAAUUUAUAUAUGUAUAAACCCCCCAGUUCGGUUAAUGCUAAGUGCUUUAGACUCGUGGAUAGUGAAGAUCCGGGAUCCCCACUUCCUGCCCCUCCUCCUCAAUUGCUUAACCAUAAUAACAACUCCAGUGCAUCGUUGUCAUCGGGAGAAAUGUAUCGGAAUCACAAUACGUCUACGUCCAAUGUCUCCUUUCAGGAUAUGGCAUCUCCCAUUCUUCAGACCGCCACCACCUACAACAAUAUUAAUGGCCCUGUAACUGCUACUCCCACCACGGCUUCCACUUCCACUCCCACCAAUGACGACUUCUCCCUCACAUACUUGGACACUCGCGUGCCCCAUCCCAACCUCAGCUACGACAUGCUGAUCCACCAAUUCUCCUCCUCCAUCAUUUGUAUCGAUCAGACAAGCUCGGCCACCAUAAACUCCAUAGAGUCCAUCCUCCAUUUCAUCCUUUUCUCUACCAAUACCCUCGAUGAGCCAUGUAUUGAAUCCAUCAUCAACAUUCUACCCAUCUUACCUGAUUUUGGAAAGAUUCUCAAGUUAUUAACUGUCUUUAUCAGUAGUCUACUUGACGAGAAAUUCCAAGGAGCAGUCGAUUUACCAUUGAUUAUUAGUCGAGUGUUACGAAUCCUCUACAACAUCGAACAGAACUUUGAUGGGUUCCUAUUGAAGUCGACCAUCGCUCCUUAUAUAUUGAAUCUCAUUGAGAUCCUAACCCAUGACGACAAGAUUGCCGUGUUCAAGAGAAGUAUGCUUGCCAAACAACAACUAUUGAUCAACUUAGUCAACAGCAGACCGCCUCCACCACCGACAGAGUUCAAUAGUGGAUCGGUAGUCACUGCUGCUGCAUCUGUUACUGCCACCACCACUGCUGAAGAUGGCAUCAUUGAUCCCUUCCAAGACUUGAACGCCGCGACGUUCAUGAAGGACAUCAACUUGAUCGAACUCGUCAAAGUCAUCAGUGCCAUCGACUUGAAGUUCUUCAACAAUUGGAAUUCCAAUAUCGAUAAGUCCUUAUUGUUAUCCACGUCCAUUGGAGACUCCUCGGCAUCACCAACGUCCAUAACUCCCUCGAUUACGGCGGAUUUCUAUAAGAAAAACCCCCUCAUCUUCAACAAUGAUCAUCAUAUUCAUUACCUAUCUCGACUCUUAGUCAACCACCUAUUUGUAGAAAACUCCCACAGCUCAUCCUCCACCACUUUAGAACGCAAAGCUCGACUCUUGGAGAAAUGGAUCGACUUGGGUUGUUUGUUAGACAAGAGUGGGAACAUGUCGUCUUGGCUAGGAAUCUCCUCCAUCAUCCUAUCUCAGCCGGUGUUAAGAUUGACUAAGAUAUGGUCGUUGGUGUCGCCAGAGUAUAUUAAGCUUCUUAAGAAUGACUGGUCGCCUGUAUUGUUUGAAUUGGAUAGAAGACACUUGGCCAACAAUACCAUCGUCAGUAGUAGUACCACCACCAAUACCACCAAUUCUUCACCGAAUGAUUCGUCCCUCGCGUCGUCUCCACAAGCCAGUCGAAUCAAGUCAGGCUCCGGCUCCUUUGGCGAAGAGUCUCGUGAAUCUUCCGUCCAUUUUAAGGACUCUUACCAUAUUAUGGCUCCUAGAGGGUUAGGAAAGAUCUAUCCCAAGGAGAAAGUAAUCCCGUAUUUUGGCGAUUUAGUCAUCAAUAACAAUCUCACCACGACCACGACCACCACUAAGGCCAAAGCCAUUGAUAUGUUUGAGUUAGAAUCCAUUUGGAAGAGAAUCAACUACUCGUUCAAUCGAUGGAAUGAGUAUCUUUCCAAUCUCAUUAACUAUGAUGACAUCAUUCGAUACAACGAGGACGUGUUACGAAGAUACGAUAAUAUGGGCUUCAUCUUCUCCAACGAGAGUUUGAAUCAGGUGUUGUAUUUGGGAGUUAACAACGAAGACACGAAGCCGCCGAGUCACGAGUUGACGGAAUUAGAUGGAGAUAGAGACGUACAACAGAGUUUAUCCCUACUUAAUGAUACUGAAGAGUCGUCGCAAUUGACGGCCAAACUCUUACGAUUAAUCGAUAUCAAUUGUGAUUCAAUUAAUUUGGAUAAAAUCAUGAAAUUGUCCAUUAAUCUAGAACCAGAUUUACCGGAAGCGUACUUGAAAUUACCCACCACCACCUCAGUAAUCCCCUCAACUCCUCUAGAGUUAAGUUUCCUUAGAAAUCGAAAGAAUUCCGCCUCAACGGCCAGUUUAGAAAGUGUCUCUACGGUAAUAGAACCCCCCACCACUCCCACCAUCACCUCCAGUUUCCCUACCACUCCUACCACCUCCACGUUCGGCAAUGGAGGAGACUUCAAUCCAGGCUCACGAUUACCCACGUUCAACAACAACUACUUUAAGAUCAAUUUGGCCAAAUACGAUGAGCUUACGGCGUACUACAACAACGAUGAUAAGAUGCAUUUACAGCAGCUUUUGGAUCCGACGACCAGCAAACAUAAUUUCAUUAUCGAUGAAGAUUUAACGUUUAGAAUCGAUGAUUUCAUAGUGGACCAAAUGGAUCUGCCUGUAAAUACCAAUACGAGCAUCUCUAGUACUUUAGAUGAUAUUGAUAAUGUAGAUUUUGAAGAUGAUAUCCCGGGAUUAGGCUUGGGCAUUGAUGUGGAUGAUAUAUUGAAUUCGGAUAAGUUCAAUAACUUUGCCAUUAGUCCCAAGACCAUGGCGACAGUUAAUCCGAAGAAGUAUGGGCCGGAAGCCAGUAUAAAAUUACAGAGAUUACUGCAAAAUUCUCAUGAAAGACCCAUGAAAUUCAUUCCCAAAUAUGCCACAAUCGAUCGAUUAAUUGAUCUAUUCUUAAUUGAUUCCAAAUACUUUCACGAGGAUAUCAAUUUGGAUCUUACGGAGUAUCGGUUUGUGUUUCUUUUGAACUAUACUUCGUUCAUCUCCACUAAGGACUUGUUAGAGAAGUUGGCGCAUCGAUUCAUUAACUCAGGCAAUGCUGUCAUCUCAGUAAUGAAGAAAGAUUACUAUACCAAACAAGCCGGACAGGAAUCCAUUGCAGCCUAUUUGGCCCAUGCGCAAUUCCCCAAUUGGAAUUUAGAUAAUUCCAUUGAUUUGAAUGAAUUGGGACAGGUGGAUUAUGAGCUACUUCUUAAGAUACAAAUCAAUAUUCUUAAGGCUCUUAUAGUGCUUGUCAAUAACUUCUAUUCGUACUUCUCGCUAGACUUGACCAAUAAGAGGAUUCUCAUCAAACUCUUGAAGUUGUUUAGUAAUGAAAUCCUUCAAUGGUAUAAUUCCAAUAAGAUUGUCAAUCAUCUUGAGAAGUCGUUUGAAAGUUUAGUGACUUACUAUAAGAAACUUAAGAAAUUAUUUGUCAAAAAGACGUAUAGACCCAUUGAAAUUCUGAAGUUUGAUGAGUAUCUUAUAAAGGAAUUCCGAUUUAAUAAUUCCUUAGGCGAAGUGCCUAUGAAUAGAAAUCUUCCUAGUCAUAAGAAUGUGCUUAAAAUCGAGAAAUUCCUCCAUAAAUUCAAUAAGUUAUUGGCCGUAUUCUAUAAGGGAAUCCGAGCCGAAGAUUGGAUUAGAGUAUACAGAAUUCUUGAGAAUGCGUUUGAGAAUAAUAACCUAUUGGAAUUCAAUUUACAGAAGGUGGGGACUGCCGAUGAAGCCGUAGUCAUUAGUAAUAUCUUUAAUUACUUUGAGACGCUCAUCGAUCCCCUGGAAAGACAGCUAAUUCUUAAGAAAUUCCCGCUUGUGUUCCGCAAGUUGUUUAAAUUAUACUUCAAGUUCCGCACGUACUUAUUGAGUCAAUUGACGGAUUUGAAUAUCUCCAUUGAUGAGCGAUUAGAUCGGAUGAAGACGCUAUUGAUUAUGGGAGAAAUCAGUAAAUUGAAGAUGAGUGAGAAUCAGUUUGUGUUUGAAGGUCGGAAGGGCAACAUCCCUUCAUGUAUUGAAACGGCUAUAACCAACGUAAUCUAUGCGCCCGAGAGUCGGAUGUUUAGUAGUUUAUGGAUUAAAUCUUCCAACUCACUUACGGGCUCUUCCUCCACGAUUUUUGAAGAUUUAGAUCAAUUAUUACCCAAGACCUUAACUAUGGUAGACCUUCAGAAUCCUGAGCCGUUAUUACCAUGUUUUGGAUGGAUUAUUGAGAAUCUUAUUGAAACUAAUAAGUGUCCUAGUUUCUUUAAAAACUGUAUAAAUUUCAAUAAGAGAUACUUAAUCUUUAAACUAAUUCGAGAAGUCGGCGUUGAAGAUUUCGAUAGUAAUGAUCCGGCGGAUUUCAAUCAUUAUGAUUCGAAGGAUUUUGAAUUCCUAUUGAAAUUGAAUGAGUCCAUUGUGAAAUCCGCCAACAUUAAGGAAUUUGUCACCAACGAGAGAGACAGAUCCAAAUUCUUUAAGUCGACUUUAAUGGUCCAACAUAAGAUCCUUCAGGCGGAUAAUCGGAAGAAACAAUUAAAGGAAGGAGCCAAGAAUGGUCUUGCCAACCUCAACCCCAACCAUACAGUAACGCUUAAUAAAAAGACAUCCAAUUCGAGUAUUAGACGACAAUCCUUAUCGUAUAAGUCGAAUUCUACUUCUCGAUUCAAAAUCAGUGGACUUUUCAAUAAAUCUCGACCCUUUUCACUUAAUGGAAUCAGUGGAUCGGAAAGAAUUAUUGAUAUCAGUGAAUUACCGGAUGCCGAUAGCUUUUCUGAAACAAAAUCUAAACCGUAUAUGGUAAUUCCCUUAAGAAAUAAGAAGAUCUUCCCCGUAUAUUUAUUACCAGUAUCAUUUAAAGUUGAUUCUGAUAAUUCCAAUUUGAAUUCGAGUUCUGGAUCUGGUUCUGGAUCUGGGUCUAGUUCUAAUUCGAAUUCUCAGGAGAGUCAUUUCUUUCAGGCUCUUAAUGAAAAUGAUCUGAAUGAUUGGUUAGUUAAAUUGAAUUACGCUAAUCGUCAUUGGUUCUUUUCUAAGAGUAUUACUGGGAAAGUUACUAGUAAUAAUCAUAGUAAUCAUAGUAAUCUUGUAUUUGGAAUUCCUAUAUCGAUUGUAUGUAUUCGAGAACAAAGUUCAUGUCCUCGAUUCCUCACUAGUAUUUUUGAAGAGAUUGAAAGUGAAGGAAUUAAAGAUGUUGGGGUUUAUCGGAUUAGUUCGUCAAUUAGUGAAUUAAAUAAUAUUAAGGGAAUAAUCGAUAGAACAGGAGGUAUUGAUUUUAAAGAGAGAAGUUAUGAUGUUCAUGCCUUAACCAGUAUAGUUAAAUCGUAUUUCCGAGAAUUGCCGGAUGCCAUAUUAACCGAUAAAGUUAUUGAAGAAUUCUUUGAUUUAAAACAACAGACCAAAGAUGUAGAAAUUGAUGAAGGUAAACUUAUUGAAAAGUACCGAGAAAUCUUAAAAUUAUUACCUAAUUUUAAUUAUAGUACUAUAAAGAUAUUACUUAAUCAUUUACAAAAGAUUACUCAAUUUAGUGAUGAUAAUAAAAUGACAUCUUCGAAUUUAGCUACGGUGAUUGGUCCUGCUCUUACUGAGGCCAGUAGUUUAGAAGCGUUAGUCAAUAACUUUGGAUUUAUGAAUUCCAUUUUGGACAAGUUGAUCUGCAACUACGAGCUUGUGUUUGAGCAGUAGUAUAGUUAAUAGUAUAGUUAAUAGUAUAGUCAAUAGUAUAGUAUACAAUAGUACAUAGUAAAUAGUAAAUAGCCCA